AUGAACUUGGACAAGCACGAGCACAAAAGCUGUGGAGGGCUGAGCAGAGCAAUUGAUGAAGUCGAGCCGCUGUCGUUCGGUGAUCUUCGCUCGGCGGGUGAUUGCCAUCCAGAAUGUGAUGGCGGAUGUUCCGAGAGUCAAUCAGCUGUCGCAUGCUUCCGAUGUAAACAUUUCACACAAACACUCCGAAACAAAGCCGGAAAUGGAUUCAAGUGUGUAAUUCGCUAA